AUCAUCAUCGAAUAAUCAGAAAACAAAACAGUCAUUUUGUUUACAAGCUAAAAACGAAUAAUAUUAUUAUUCACAGCAUUUUCCGCAUUAAAAUGAGUGACGAGGAGGUCAACGAAGCGCCGUAUGUCGUGGAGAAGGUCAUGGACCGACGGAUUACGUCGGCCGGUAAGAUCGAGUACUUUCUCAAGUGGAAGGGCUACUCGGAAGCGGAAAACACUUGGGAACCGGAGGAAAAUCUGGACUGUCCGGGACUGAUUGCCCGGUACGAGGAAGCCCGCCGGCAGAAGGAGUUCAAGGAUGCAAAGAAAAAAUCGGCCAAGAAAAAGCUGGAAGAGAUCACAAAACCACGCGGCUAUGAUCGGGGGCUAACGCUGGAACGGAUAGUCGGUGCCACGGAUUGUGGCGGGGAACUGAUGUUUCUGGUGCAGUGGAUCGGAACGGGCGAGAUGGACAUUCUGCGGGCCGCAGAGGUCAACGAGAAAGAUCCUCAGACUGUUAUUCAGUACUAUGAGGCCAAGAGCAAGGUGGUAGACAAAGCCAGGGAGCGAUCCAAAUAUGCUGCCUACGAGGAGGAACGCUUGGAGGAUGACUACGUCAACACUCCCGCACCGGUACCUGACCUGGAGAACAACUCGCUACAUCAAAUGAUGGAAGCCUAGGUAAACAGCACUUCAAAAUUUCAAUAACUAAUCAUUUAUUUUAACUUCUAUUUUUGUAAGUCUACUAAAAAACAAACAAUGCGAGUGUAUCACCCUAA